CCACUGAGGGCAAGCUGAGCCAGAGAAAGGGCGUGGAAGUUAAAGAGGGUGAGUCAGGCACUGUCUACGCGAUAAAGGGACGAGGUGCCGGGCGGUAGGGCGGACUUACGUAGGCGGCCGGUGCCGCAGCCUGCUGUGAGGCGCCGCUGUCCCCGCGUCAGCGAGGGAAGGGUGAGGAGGAGCCAGAGCCGCGUCCCUGCAGCCGCUCUCGCCCUCACGCUCCGCCGCCAUCUCCACCAUGCAGUCCCGGGAAGACGCUCCGCGUUCUCGCCGCCUCGCCAGUCCCCGCGGAGGGAGGAGGCCCAAGAGGAUUUCCAAACCCUCGGUUUCGGCCUUUUACACGGGUCCCGAAGAGUUAAAGGACUCGGGCCACUCCGCCGCCCUGCUGGCACAGCUCAAGUCCUUCUAUGACGCGCGGCUGCUGUGUGAUGUGACCAUCGAGGUGGUGACACCUGGCAGCGGGCCUGGCACGGGGCGCCUGUUCCCCUGCAACCGCAACGUGUUGGCCGCCGCGUGUCCCUACUUCAAGAGCAUGUUCACGGGCGGCAUGUACGAGAGCCAGCAGGCCAGCGUGACCAUGCACGACGUGGACGCCGAGUCCUUCGAGGUGUUGGUGGAUUACUGCUACACGGGGCGUGUGUCCCUGAGCGAGGCCAACGUGCAGCGCCUGUACGCCGCCUCAGACAUGCUGCAGCUCGAGUAUGUGCGGGAAGCCUGUGCCUCCUUCCUGGCCCGCCGUCUCGACCUGGCCAACUGCACGGCCAUCCUCAAGUUUGCUGAUGCCUUCGGGCACCGCAAGCUGAGAUCCCAGGCCCAGUCUUUUAUAGCUCACAACUUCAAGCAGCUCAGCCGCAUGGGCUCAGUUCGGGAGGAGUCUCUGGCAGAUCUGACCCUGGCCCAGCUGCUGGCCAUCCUGCGCCUCGACAGCCUGGACAUUGAGAGCGAGCUGACAGUGUGUCACGUGGCCCUGCAGUGGCUGGAAGCCGCCCCCAAAGAGCGGGGCCCCAGUGCGGCAGAAGUCUUCAAGUGUGUGCGCUGGGCACUCUUCACUGAAGGUGACCAGGACUACCUGGAAGGGCUGCUGGCCAAGCCCAUCGUGAGGAAGUACUGCCUGGACAUUAUCGAGGGGGCCCUGCAGAUGCGCUAUGGUGACACGCUGUGCAAGUCCCUGGUGCCAGCGCCAAACAGCAGCAGUGCCAGCAGCAGCAGCAGCAGCAGUGGCAGCAGCAGCAGCAGCAGCAGUGGCAGCAGCUCUGUCGUGUCUGCAGCAGAAAAUCCACCCCAGAGGCUGGGAAUGUGUGCCAAGGAGAUGGUGAUCUUCUUUGGCCAUCCCAGAGAUCCUUUUCUUUGCUACGACCCAUACUCAGGGGACAUUUACACCAUGCCUUCACCUUUAACAACCUUGGCCCACACUAAGACCAUCACCUCCUCAGCUGUCUGUGUCUCUCCAGAUCAUGACAUCUACCUAGCUGCCCAGCCCAGGAAAGACCUAUGGGUGUACAAACCAGCCCAGAAUAGUUGGCAGCAACUUGCAGACCGCUUGCUGUGUCGUGAGGGCAUGGACGUGGCAUAUCUGAAUGGUUACAUCUACAUUUUGGGUGGGCGAGACCCUGUUACUGGUGUGAAGUUGAAGGAAGUGGAAUGUUACAGUGUUCAGAGAAACCAGUGGGCACUGGUGGCUCCUGUGCCCCAUUCCUUCUAUUCCUUUGAACUUAUAGUGGUUCAGAACUAUCUUUACGCUGUCAACAGUAAGCGCAUGCUCUGCUAUGAUCCCAGCCACAAUAUGUGGUUGAACUGUGCUUCCCUUAAGCGCAGUGACUUCCAGGAGGCAUGUGUCUUCAAUGAUGAGAUCUACUGCAUCUGUGACAUACCAGUCAUGAAGGUCUACAACCCAGCCAGGGGAGAGUGGAGGCGGAUUAGUAAUAUUCCCUUGGACUCUGAGACCCACAACUACCAGAUUGUCAAUCAUGAGCAGAAGUUGCUGCUGAUCACGUCCACCACCCCUCAGUGGAAAAAGAACCGGGUGACUGUGUACGAAUAUGAUACCAGGGAAGACCAGUGGAUUAAUAUAGGAACUAUGUUAGGUCUUUUGCAGUUUGACUCUGGCUUUAUUUGCCUCUGUGCUCGUGUCUAUCCUUCCUGCCUUGAACCUGGUCAGAGUUUCAUCACGGAGGAAGAUGAUGCUAGAAGUGAAUCCAGCACUGAAUGGGACCUGGAUGGAUUCAGUGAGCUGGACUCUGAGUCAGGAAGUUCAAGUUCUUUUUCUGAUGAUGAAGUGUGGGUGCAGGUAGCACCUCAACGAAACGCACAGGAUCAGCAGGGUUCUUUGUAAAUAUUUUGAAAGUACUGAGGUGUCUCUACUGCGUUGUGGAACAUACCUUGACAAGAUUCUUUCCUAAAACUGACUAGGACCACAGAUUUGAUUUAGAAAGGGUAAUAUUUUGAAAUACUAAUGUGAUGUUCUAAAAUGUAAACAGUCUGUGAAAUCACCCUGUUUAAUAAUUUACUCAGCUAAAAGCCCACAUUAAAAUAUGCAAAAUGAACCGAUUAGUAGCCUUUGUGAUUUUUUUCAUUAUUUGUGUAUUCCUUGUGAAAAUGAGUUAUUUUGGUUAUUUCUAGAUAUAUUUACAAAUAUAUAUUUGCAUUACCCUCAUGUAAAUUGUUAGAUUUGAUUUUCAUGAGCAAUUUACUUAUUUUAUUUGUUUAAUAGAAAAUUGGGCUCAGAAUUACUGGUAGAGUUUUAAAUAAUGAUAGCUGAUUUUCACAAUUUUACUCUAGUCCAUUUCUGGUACUGUAAAUUAAGUACAUUUUGUUAGAAUAAUGAUUAGUUUUCUUCCCUUUUGCAAGGAAAAAAAAUUAAUGUAAGUAUUGUUUACUGAAUAGUGGUUUCAUUUUGGUAAUAUGUACAAUGGUUUUAUAAGUUCAUAGAAAGUUUUAAAAAUCAGGAUUUCACUGUUUUAAAGGAUUAGCAAUUUUAUUUUGGAAUAUAAAAUUUGUAUUUAGUAAACACCAAUUUUGUAACUAAAAAAUUCCAUUCUAGUGUCACCAAAAUAUGCUUCUAAAUUGACUCCCCUCAACACAAAAAAGGAAAAUUUGUUUUAUAAAUUCACAUUGUGAUCUGUAUGUGAUACAUGCCUCAUGGAGUCAAAGCAACAAUCCUUGUUUUCACUAGAAAUUUGUUGGGUGAUUUAAAUUUUUUCUCUGUUGGUCAUGCCUUGUUUUAAUAGCUUAUUUGUGGUCUUAAAAUACUUUGGUAUUAGUGUUGAUGUUUCUCUUCAGCAAGAAGCAACUUAACUCUUGUUUUGGAAAUCUACAUAAGCUAAAAACAGUAUUUUAUUAGUAUUACUGGUCAUUUUGUCUUACCAUCUUUAAGAUCAAGUGCCAGCAAAGACCUUUAAACUUUAAGAUGUAUAUAAAACUGUUUUCUGUAUUACUUAAUAUUCUGUGUUUUGUAAGUCAUGUAAAUGUUUUUGAUUAUCAGCUUGAAGGUAUUUUUGUAUUAAAAGUUGACAGAAAACUUAAGUGGAUGUGGCAUUUGGGGCCAAUAGUAAAGUAUCUUUCCUCUAAAAUAUUUCCAUACUAAGUGGUAGUAUACACGGUUAUUUUAUUAUGGCAUUUCUGUUCUGUGUUUCUUUGUGAACUGUACUCCAGUCUUUGUUUCUUUCACCAUAAGUUAGGGAAAGUCUGGAAAGACAGACUAAAUUACGCAAAACUGAUAUUGCUAAAUAUGAGAAAUAUAGGUGCUUACCUUUUGAAGCUUUAUUAAUACACAUGGCUAUCACAGUACUUGUACACAUGAAAUGGUGUACAUAUACAUAUAUGAAUAUUUAUGGGAUAUAAAUUUUUCUAUGGCUGCUUAAAAUUAUCUUCCUGAAUCUUUUUUAAAUAACACAUUAAUCCCUCACCUGUGUUCUCUGUUGACAGACUUUUUACUGUCCUGUUAGAGCGCUGAGGAAUCUGAUUGGGAUGGGGAGCUGAAUUUUUUAAUGAACACAAAAAUGGAUAACGCACACACACAGUGUUUUCUAAGCCAUUUUAACUGGCUAUUUUAAGAACCUACAAGACAUUCCUGUUUAACAUUUCUACCAAAAUAAGAUAUCUGCUCUAGCAUUUCAUGUUUCUUCCAAAAUGUUACUAUAUUUUGUGGACUAUGGCUAAAUUUUGUCCUAUAUUGACUCCAGGGAUGUUAUGAGCACUUCUCUUAACAUAGAAUAUUAUUUCUCAAUACUGUUAAUUUUUUAUCAGCUUUUCAUUAAUAUCUUGUUGAUAGCUUUGUGUUCUGUGAGAUUGAGAUGUGGCAAUCCUUAUCUUAAGAGAUUAUCCAUCUGUGGAAUUAAGGUGUGCAAUUCAUAAAAGUUCUCUAAUUUGUCACUCUUAAUCUUUGAGUUACACUAAAUAGUAGUAAUAUUUUAUUUUACAAUAAGUUUCUCUUGGGGAGACUUCUGGUUUUGUGAUAUAUUCAUGAGAUAGGGAGUAGAUGUGAACCAUUCUUUUAUAAAGUGGUUUGUAUAUGGUUAGUUACAAAUAAAAUCAAUACUAGAACCCA